AUGGGUUACGACCCAGCCAAGCCUGAGCCUACUAGCAAGGAGAAGGUUAACGUCCGCGUUGACCUACCUCCUGAGGCAUAUCUAAAGACGCCUAUCGAUAGCCGAUUUACCAAGCGUCCUGGCUUUAAUACAAACAGCCGGCCCAUAUCUGUCCAUGUUAACCAGUUUUCAGUGAAAUCCAUCGAUCCGGACCAGAAGAUUUAUCAGUAUGAUACGACUCAAAUUGAUAUGCGGGCUCUCAAGUCCUACCUAUCCGGAACCUCGGCCUGGGAUAACACAGUCCUAGAGUGUAUGAACUUCUUGGACCAUCUUAUCCGCCAAAGGCCUUCCGAAAACCUCCUUGCUAUUAAGCGCAACUUUUAUAACUUGAAUGAGCCCCGCAGGCCUCUCACAAAUGGGACUUUUAAUGAGGUUGCUACAGGCGCGUAUGCCUCAAUCAGGCUUUGCCAGAUCAAGCCUGGAGGUACCGGCCUAGGAAUUAACGUAGAUGUCGCCAACACGGCCAUGUGGACGGGCGGCCAGAGUUUGCUGGCCCUCGUACAAGCUUACCUGCCCUCCAUUGACCGUCGCUUCUCAAACUAUGGACGCAGGAUCAGCGUUCAGGAUUACUUCUACCAACGCUAUAACACUACCCUCCAUUGGCCCGAUCUUCCCGUCAUCGAGACUACUAAGAAGGGCUGCUACAUGCCAAUGGAACUCUGCUGGAUCAAGCCCAUGCAGCGUUUCCCAUUUAAGCUGAGCGGUGCACAGACGUCGGAUAUGAUCAGAAUCGCGGUCACCCGGCCUCCUGUUCGGCGAACUAAUAUUAUGCAGAAGUUUGCUUCCCUCGACUAUCAGAACGACCAUUACCUACACCAAUAUGGCGUUCGGAUCGAUAACCACUUCACGGCCACGGACGCGAGGCUUUUGAAGCCGCCUGUUCUCCAAUUCAACAGAUCUAAAAUAGAACCUGGUACAAGUGGACGCUGGGAUCUCAAAGGCAAGAAGCUUUUCGUGUCCAACACCCGACCUCUUAAAACAUGGGGUUUUGUCCGCUUCACCAACGUCGUUGACUUUCCCCUCAUGGCCGCAUUUGCACGCCAGUUCAAGCAAUUCUUCAUUCAACAUGGUGGUGUAGUCUCGGACGAUCCUUUAUACUUCGACGCUACACGGGGUGGCAGUCUCGCUGCUGCCCUCAAAUCGGCACACGAUCAAUGGCAGCAGAAGAAGGGCAGCAAGGUAGACCUCAUGUUUUGCAUCAUAAGCAAGGGCAAGGAAGACAUCUACACUCGCCUAAAGAAGUCGGCUGACUGCCGGCUUGCUGUCCUCACCCAAAUGCUGCUGGACGAGAAUGUAGUGAAGUCUACCCUCAAUAUUGCAGCAACGUUUGCCUCAAGGUGA